AUAAAAGUCAACAAAUUGUGAAUAGAUACGUUUAGUUCAGUUUUGAAAUUAUUCAAAAUGUACUAUGUAGCGUUACUUAAUUCCAUAAUUAUAAUAUUACACCAAAAUGUGAACGCUGUUCUGGUUCCCGUGGAGCAGGGGAUUUUGCGAGGAGUGGAACGAAUGACAGUCACCAAAGAUGCUGUCUACAAUAGCUUCAAAGGCAUACCGUAUGCCGCCCCACCUGAAGGUGACCUGAGAUUUCAGCCUCCCCAACCAGCACCACGUUGGACGGGCGUAAGAAAUGCAACACAGCAUGGAAACAUCUGCACACAAGUAGACUUCUUCACUGGGGAGUAUUUACCAUCAUCAAGCGAAGAUUGUCUCUAUUUGAAUGUUUACACUCCCAACGUGAUGCCAACCUCGCCAUUGGCAGUCAUGGUUUUUAUUCACGGAGGCGGCUUCCAAAGUGGGUCGGGCAAUGAUGACACCUUCGGACCAGAUUUUUUCAUGAGCCUUAACAUUGUUCUUGUGACAAUAAACUAUCGACUGGACGCUCCUGGAUUUUUGAGUUUGGGAUCUAAAGAGGUACCUGGAAAUGCCGGUAUGAAAGAUCAAGUCGCUGCUUUAAAAUGGGUGCAACGAAAUAUCGCUCAAUUCGGUGGCAACCCGAAUAAAGUCACCAUCUUUGGGAACACCGCCGGCGCUAUAUGUUGUCUUCUACACGCCGUAUCGCCGAUGUCUAAAGGCCUAUUCCACAGAGUGAUUGCAAUGAGCGGGGUGCCUAUUUUUGACAUUGGUAAUGAGUUUGAAUCGCCACGAAGAGGCUUUGCGCUUGGAAAAAUUCUGGGAUAUGAAACCAAGAACUCUACUGCGCUUUUUGAAUUCUUUCAAAAUGUCCCAGCAUAUAAAUUAAUAAACACUAGACCAUAUACAAUAAUUGCGGAAAUAUAUAUAAAUAAUCCCGCGAAAAUGUUUCAGUUUGGGCCGGUCGUAGAGCAAGACUUUGGUCAGGAGAGAUUUUUAAUUGAAGACUCUGUAGAAGCGAUCAUAAAUGGAAAUGUUAAUGAUGUCGAUAUAAUGAUAGGUUACUCUAAUGCCGAAGGAUUGUCUGGUGUCUCUUAUUUCGAAGAGUAUUUGAUUUAUGUAUACAACAGAUUUCCUGAGUUAUUCAAUCCUAGAAGAUUUCUGUACUAUAUCAGUCCAGUUCAAUAUUUACCGUUGUCUGAUGCUAUUGUGGAUUAUUACUUCGGAGAAAAGCCUGUUAGCAUAAGUACGAUAGAGGAGUUCGCUACUUAUAUCUCUGAUACAUAUAAAUAUCAAUCGUUGAGGCAAAUGAGCGACGUAUAUUAUACAUUUACAAAAAGGAAGUACUUGUAUCGAUUCAGUGGCGUAACAGAAAGAAACGUUUACAGCAGAGAUGCGCUUAAAUAUGGAUUAAAGGGAGCCGGCCGAGAUGAUAUUGAGAUGUAUUUAUUCCAAGCAAACAAGUUCAACUUGCCAGUUGUUACAAAUAGUAAAUCAUACAGAAUAAUCAAGCAGAUAACAACUUUAUUUACCAACUACGCUAAAUUUGGGAACCCAACGCCUGACUCAUCACUGGGAGUAAGAUGGGACCAGUACAACGCCACAACACAAAGCUUCUUGGACAUCGGAAUAAAUUUAAUGAAGGGAACUGAACCGGAGGCGGCCUUGGUGCGCUUUUGGAGGAACCUAUACAUACGAGCUCGCGUUCCCUUUUAUCAUGUUGGAAAUAAUACAAAUAAUGCGAAUGCUGUCCUAGUUCCUGUGGAGCAGGGGAUUUUGCGAGGAGAGCAACGAAUGACAGUCACCAAAGAUGCUGCCUACAACUUCUUCAAAGGCAUACCGUAUGCCGCCUCACCUGAAGGUGAACUUAGAUUUCAGCCUCCCCAACCAGCACCACGUUGGAAGGGCGUAAGAAAUGCAACACAGCAUGGAAACAUCUGCACACAAGUAAACUAUCUCACUAGGGAGUUUUUACCGUCGAGCGAAAAUUGUCUCUUUUUGAAUGUUUACACUCCAAAUGUGAUGCCGACCUCGCCAUUGGCAGUCAUGGUUUAUAUUCACGGAGGAGGCUUCGAAAGUGGGUCGGGCAAUGAUGACACCUUGGGACCAGAUUUUUUCAUGAGCCUUAACAUUGUUCUUGUGACAAUGAACUAUCGACUGGACGCUCCUGGAUUUUUGAGUUUGGGAUCUAAAGAGGUACCCGGAAAUUUCGGUUUGAAAGAUCAAGUUGCAGCUUUAAAAUGGGUGCAACGAAAUAUCGCUCAAUUCGGUGGCAACCCGAAUAAAGUCACCAUCUUUGGGAACACCGCCGGCGCUAUAUGUUGUCUUCUACACGCCGUAUCGCCGAUGUCUAAAGGCCUAUUCCACAGAGUGAUUGCAAUGAGCGGGGUGCCUCUUUUUGACAUUGGUGUUGAGUUUGAAUCGCCACGAAGAGGCUUCGCGCUUGGAAAAAUUCUGGGAUAUGAAACCAAGAACUCCACUGCACUUUUUGAAUUCUUUCAAAAUGUCCCAGCAUAUAGAUUGGUAGACACUAGACCUUACACAAUAAUUGCGGAAAUAUAUAUAAAUAAUCUAGUGAAAAUGUAUCAGUUCGGGCCGGUAGUGGAGAAAGACUUUGGUCAGGAGAGAUUUUUAAUUGAAGACUCUGUAGAAGCGAUCAUAAAUGGAAAUGUUAACGAUGUCGAUAUAAUGAUAGGUUACUCUAAUGCUGAAGCUUUGUCUGGUGUCUUUUAUUUCGAAGAGUAUUUGAUUGAUGUAUACAACAGAUUUCCUGAGUUAUUCAAUCCUAGAAGAUUUCUGUACUAUAUCAGUCCAGUUGAAUAUUUACCGUUGUCUGAUGCUAUUGUGGAUUAUUACUUCGGAGAAAAACCUGUCAGCAUAAGCACGAUGAAAGAGUUCGUUACCUAUUUGAGUGAUACAUAUAAAUAUCAAUCGUUGAGGCAAAUGAGUGACGUAUAUUUUUCAUUUACGAGAAGAAAAUUCUUGUAUCGAUUUAGUGGCGUAUCGGAAAGAAACGUUUAUAGCAAAUAUUAUGCUCUUAAAUAUGGAUUAAAGGGAGCAGGUCAAAGGGAUAUUGAGAUGUAUUUAUUCCAAGCAAACGAAUACAACUUGCCAGUUGUUACAAAUAGUAAAUCCUACAGAAUAAUCAAGCAGAUAACGACUUUAUUUGCCAACUACGCUAAAUUUGGCAACCCAACACCUGACUCGUCAUUGGGAGUAAAUUGGGAACAAUACGACGCCACAACGCAAAGUUUUUUGGACAUUGGAAUAAAUUUAACAAGAGGAACCCAACCGGAGGCAUCCGUGGUGCAGUUUUGGAGGAAUUUAUACAUACGAGCUGGGGUUCCCUUUUAUCAUGUUGGAAAUAAUACAAAUAAUAUAUAAUCUGUAUG